GCCCACAACCGGGAAAACAAAACCCUACAAAAUCCGUUUUUUUUUGGUGAAUUUGAACAAUUGAAGUGAAGUUGAAGAAGUAAACAUACCAAAUAAUUGAACCAUGGCAGCUGCAGAUCGCAAGCAAAACAUUGUUUCAGCUCUAUGCAAGCACCUUUCAACGUUGUCAUUAGACCCUAAUUCGUAUUCAACUAAUUUGGAUAAAGACAUUAAAAGCUUGUGUAUAGACAUUUUCAAUUCUUCCCCAAGUGGGCCGUCUAUCACAAAAGAUAAUGAGUUAAUGAAGUGGAUCGAAUUUGCGAGUAACUUCCCUGUUGAUUCUGGGACAAGCCUUAAAGCUCUAAGUGAGUUGAAUGAGGAUUUGAGUAAGAAGUCUGUUAUUUUGGGCAACGGGUUGAAGAUUUCAGAAGCUGAUAUUGUUGUCUUUGCCGCUGUGCAUUCAUCCGUGAUCAGUCUUUCAAACUCUGACAGAAACAAAUUGCCGUACUUGCUUAGAUGGAUGGACUAUAUCCAGACUAAAGGUGACGUCGGAGACGCAUUCCAAAAAAUUUUGCUGGAGAAAGUCCAAUUUGAGCCACCUGUGAGUAAUGCCUAUAUUGCAGCAAAAUGUGUGAAGAAGGUAGAAGUAGAGUCAAAUGCCAAAAAAACUGACACAGAGACCAAACCGGCUAGUAGUUCAGAUGUUGACUCCAAAAAAAAGAACAAUAGUGGCGUGAAGAAAGCUGCUGCAGAUAAUCAAACUUCUGCAGAAAAGAAGUUGCCUGAGAAGGUAGAUGACAAAGAUAAAGAUAUCAGUGUUAGUUUGCUAAAAUUACAGAUUGGCCACAUUAAAAAAGCAUGGAAACAUCCAUCAGCUGAGAGCUUACUGGUUGAGGAGAUAGAUGUUGGAGAAGCAAAAUGUCGGCAAGUAGUUAGUGGCCUGGCUAAGUUUUGCAGUCCAGAACAGUUAACUAAUCGCCUUGUGGUGCUUGUGACAAACAUGAAACCAUCAAAAUUACGUGAUGUCAUAUCAGAGGGAAUGGUAUUAUGUGCUUCUAAUGAAGAUCAUACUGUGGUGGAGCCUCUUGUAGCACCAGAAGGUGCCAAAGUUGGGGAAUGCAUCUCAUUUGCUGGGCAUGAUGGAAAACCAGAAGAUGUUCUGAAUCCUAAAAAGAAGCAGUUUGAGAAAAUUGCUGUGAACCUUUUCACUGAUGACAAAGGAGUUGCUACAUUCAAAGGUAUCCCAUUCAUGACAUCUGCUGGACCAUGCACAUCUUCGAUUCCCCGAGCAACCGUCAAGUGAUUGCACUUGUCAGCAGAAGAAUAUCAUUGUAGCAUCUUUGUUGGAAAUGCAUUGUUAAAACUCGUAUGAAUACCGUUCUUUUUGGGGGCUAAGGUUAGCAGAAGAGAGGGGUUUCCUGAAAAAGCAUAGUAACUGAUUUUGUUGUACGUGUUUAGUCUAUAGUCAAAAAGAGAACUUCAAAACUAAAGCGUUGCAGAUACAUUUCUUCAAUAGUUAUAGAGUUCUCGUGGGAGUUUGGUUUUUACUUGAAGAUGUGAAAAUGUCAUUCUUCUCAUCAAUUUGUUAGUGGUCAUAAAUGAUCAUUUCCAUGCUCU